UGUAACUAUUAUUUAUUUUUAUUUUUUUAAUUUAAAAACAUAAUAUAGUUUGAGAAUAUUUUGUUUCCUUUUUUAAAAGAUAUCAAAUUUGAAAUAAUAAAAUCUUAUUGGUUGGUGAACCUAGAGGUUCACUCUAUGGGGUGAACCCAAGAAUGACUCAAAGGAAAAUAAUGAGGAAGAGGAAGAGAUCCAAUUGUUAGAUUCACAUGAACUGAUCUGUUGUUUUCUUUUUUGAACAACUAACUGAACUGAUCCGUCGUUAAAGUGUGAAGUCAUCUGCUUUGGAAACUGAAGCCCUCCCCAUGUUUCAUGUUCUUUUUUCUCUCACCCCACAACAUUGCCAAUACCAGCCCAUCACAAUAAUACGUAGUUAAUACUUAAUACCAACAGUAUAGUAUAAAGCUCUUGGAUAUCACAAUUUACAUUUAUUUUUAAAACCUGAGUUUGAAAUCAUUCAGGCCUUUCGCAUAUUAAUGGAAAAAUACAUUUUAAUAUUUUACCGGGGCAUUGUUUGGUAAAAAUAAAUUUAUUUCUUUAGUUGUUUAAAAAGGAAUAUUAUAUCAUGGCUUUUGAUAUCUAUUUUAUACUAACUUUAUAAAUUACAACACUCACAUAAAUCUAAUUUUUGAAAAUUACAUUUCAUGGUGUAUCAAUUACAAAAGUGUUUACUAAUUGUGGAUUUGAGAAUUCUCAUUCUAAAAGCAUAAACAAACAUGGUUUUAAUUACAAUUUAAGUUAGAGAAAGUCAAACUACAAGAGUGAUAACCCAACUCGAGGUUUUCCAAGUUGGGUGUAUUAAGAAACCUAAAAGCAUAUGAUUAGCCAAAUAAUUUAAACAUUUAAUUUUAAAAUGAAUUUUAUAAAAUAAUCAAACAAGAUUCCCAAAUGUCAUCACCACCUCUAUAUAUCUCCCCUAACCUCCUAAACCCACCAUGUCUCCAUCAUUACACAACACAUAGAUAAUCAAACACAAAAAAAAAAAAAAAACAGAACAAUGUCUUCUUCUGAUUCCGCAAUGGAAGCCAAGAAGUCAAACAAAAUCAGAGAGAUCGUAAAGCUCCAACAGAUUCUCAAGAAAUGGCGUAAAGCAGCUCAUGCAUCAAAACAAGCCAGCAGCAAGAUCGACGAUGAAGAAAACAACAAUAAACUCAACAGAACAGGAAGUGGAAGUGCAAGUAAGGGCAUCAAGUUUCUGAAGAGGACACUAUCCUUCACUGAUGUAACAGCUGUUCCUAAAGGCUACUUAGCUGUCUCGGUGGGGAAGGAGGAGAAGAGAUACAAGAUACCAAUGGACUACCUUAGCCACCAAGCUUUCCACGCGCUGUUGCGUGAAGCAGAAGAAGAGUUUGGGUUUCAACAAGCUGGCGUGUUGAAGAUUCCUUGUGAAGUUGCUGUGUUCGAGAGCAUUUUGAAGAUUAUGGAGGACAACAAGGCUGAUGUGUACCUUACUACACAGGAGUGUAGGUUCAAUGCAACGACUGAGGAAGUGAUAAGUUACCGUCAUCCUUCGGAUAUCCCUAGGACUCCAUCUCACCAACCUCACAGUCCAAUGUGCAGAUAACUUUUUUUGUAUGUUUUGAUUUGCUUGUUGAUUGCUUUGAACCAUUCUUCUUCCUCUUCCCCAUGUUCCAACUUUUUCACUUGGGGAUUUGAACUUGUGUACUCUGCAACUUCAAAGAAUGAGAGACGAGAUUUUUGAAUAAUGAAAUGUAUAAACGGAUGAUUGAAAAUUUUUAAAACAUGAAAUGUUCUCUUUUCUUUUUUUUUCAUAAAGUGAAUCAAGAAAGUAAAGGUUAAACCUUCUUGUUCAUCAGUAGAUGCAUUCAAAGCAAUUUCACAAUACGACCUCCUUCUUUCAUCAUGUUCAUGUAUCUUCCAUUCUAUGCAAAUUCUAGAUCUAUGUUAUUUUGAUAUAUCAUAAAAGUUAAUCCUUCAUCUAAGAGGACAACACCGUACAAAUGAACGUGAAGGAGAAUGUAUCACAUAGGUAGUGUAAGAGUGAAUGAAUAAUCACAAACAUAUACAUGGUUUAGUUUCUUUCUCAACAUCUGUAUUUGUCCUUUAACUCUAAGUAGAAAUCAAACUCACAUCAGCACAGGAAGUGGUGGUGCAAUAGUAAGCAUGCUCCAGUGACUAGAGCAUAUUUGGGCAUCCCAAAAGUCCAUAUCCGCUUAAGUUACACUCCAACACCGUGUUAUUCAUAUGGCAGUUUUUGGUCACAUGGUUAGGCUUAGGAGACCUUGAUACAAAAAGACAAAAUGUUUCUAACUACGCAUCAUCUGUUCAUUUUACCGGAAACUACCCCAUGUGUAUUGAUGUUGCAGUUAUGCCAAGUAAUCAGAGGUUUAACAUAAACUAAUGGAGUAACUAACAUCAGUUAUAUUAGUGUGAAAAGAAGAUAAAAGAGUACCUACGCCAUUGUACUUUUUAAUCAUCAAGUGGAGACUUGUUAAAAUUAUCUAGAUUAGAAAAUGUACAGUAUCCUAUGCUUUUUACAACCAAACCUAAUGCUAUAAUAAGUAUCUUAAUUAGUGAAUAGAAUAACAGUCUCACAGCAGCACAUGCAACAUUUUCUCUAAAUUAAGCACCCUUCAUUAUUGAAACCACAUGCAAUUAAGCGAUUUAUCCCUAACAGAGUACGGCAAAAUCCAAAGGAAUGAUCUUGGUAUCCUCCCAAAAUCAAUCAAGAUUCACAAAAAAAGGAUGAGUAUUUAGGGAAUGAUAUGUUCUCUCUCAUGGUCAAAGUCAAUGCUUAAAGCAGUGAGAUCUGAUAAAACGGAAAGGUCACAUGACAUAUGUACCCUGAGACUUAACACCCAUCAUCAUACGCAAUCACAUAAUAACACAUGUGUCAUGAUCUCCUGCACCUGAUCUCGAGGAUACUAAUUGUAAUAUUGACUAUAUGAGCAGGUUCCAUAUACGACACUAGACAGCAGGAUCCAGCAAGAAAUUUAACAUGAACAAAACCAUUAUCCUAGAAAAUCUUU